CGUAAUUAUUAUUGGCCGAACAUGGCCGACGACGUGCGCAAGUACGUGUCCUCCUGCACCGCUUGCCAAAUAAUGAAGUCCUCCCAUCAGCGAGCAGCCGGACUCCUACAGCCGUUGGAUCCGCCCGAGCGACCCUGGCAACAUAUUACGAUGGACUACGUAACGGGAUUGACAGCCGGUCCCAGCGAAAACGACGCCAUCCUCGUGGUCGUCGAUUGACUCACGAAAAUGGUGCACUUCAUUGCCUGCCAAUAGACAAUUACAGCCGAGCAAACUGCCCAACUGUUCAUCGCCAACGUCAUUCGACUGCACGGACUGCCCACCGCAAUUAUUUUAGACCGAAAUUCACAUCGAAUUUCAGGCGCCACCUGUGGGACCAGUUCGGCACCAAACUACAGUUUUCCUCUGCCUACCACCCACAGACCGACAGGCAGACUGAACGAGUCAACCAAACCAUGGAGCAACUCAUUCGGACUACCUGUACUGGCCCACAGACAUGGGAGAAAUCCCUUCCGCUGCUGGAAUUCGCGUAUAACAACGCGCCCUCCGCGACAACGCACCAGUCCCCGCUUUUCCUAAAUUACAGACAGGACCCAGUGGUACCCUCUACCCCGAACAUCGAGACACCAGUGCCCCGGUCCCAGAAAUUUGUUGAAGACAUUCUCGCCGCCCGAGAAAAAGCAGCUGAAGCCAUCCGGAAAGCCAACCUGGUCGCAAGCCGACAAGCCGAUCGCCAUCGACGUGACGUCACUUACAAAGCGGGAGAUCUCGUCCUCCUCGACACUCCUAAUUUGAGGCUACCGAUCCCGAGCAAACUCCGCCCAAGAUUCUGCGGACCUUUUCAAGAGGGGGGGGGGGUAGUGUAAGGAAUUUCCAUUCCUUACUGAGUCGUACG